GAUCCCGCCUCCAGGCUGAGGGAGCGACCCGAUGGUGCAUUGUCAAAAGAAUAUGGUUCCGUUUUCCGUCUUCAAUUGGGAUGCCAGGAAAUAGUGGUGCUGACUGGCUAUGAGACGGUCAAAGAGGCUUGGGUGAACCAGGCAGAGGCAUUUGCAGAGAGAGCCAUUGUCCCUAUUUUGGAGGAUAUUGCAAAGAACUUUGGUAUUAUUUUUGCUCAUGGUAAAAAUUGGAGAGUGAUGCGGCAGUUUUCAAUAUCUGCAUUACUUGAUUAUGGAAUGGGAAAGAGUAUUGUUGAAGACAAAAUUACUGAAGAGUGCAGCGUUUUGACCAAAACAUUUGAGACUUAUGAAGGAAAGCCAUUUGACCCAGCAACAAUUUUGAAAGCUGCAGCCACCAAUAUCAUAGUUUCUUUUUUACUUGGCAAGAGAUUUGAAUAUGAAGAUGCUACACUUUUAAGACUACUGGAGUUAGUUGAAGAAAAUGUACACCUUGUAGGAAACCCUGCUGUGUUGGAGAAUAAGAAAUCAACAGAUAGUUAUUUCCAUAAUGAUAACCUUAAAGCUCUUGUGGAUAACCUAUUUGGUGCUGGCAUGGAUACAACUGCAAACACUUUGUGCUGGGGCAUACUCCUAAUGAUGAACUAUCCAGAGAUUCAAAGGAAGGUCCAAGAAGAAAUUGCAAAAGAGAUUGGAGUUUGUCAGCCAAGGGCAGAAAACCGAGUCAAAAUGCCUUACACCAAUGCAGUAAUUCAUGAAAUUCAAAGAUUUGCUGAUAUUGUUCCGACCAAUUUGCCCCAUGCAACCACCAAGGAUAUAACUUUCAAAGGUUUCUUCAUUCCCAAGGGUAUGCAAAUUGUUCCUUUGCUAUCAUCAGUGCUCCAUGAUGAAUCCCAGUGGGAGAAACCUCAUGAAUUCUACCCUGAGCAUUUUCUUGACUCUGAAGGAAAAUUUGUGAAGAGGGAUGCAUUCAUGCCUUUCUCUGCAGGUCAGAGAGUAUGUGCUGGGGAGACCCUUGCCAAAAUGGGGCUCUUCCUUUUCUUUACCAACCUCCUCCAGAGAUUUACCUUCCAGCCACCUUCAGGAACAUCUAAAGAUGAUCUGGACCUGACUCCUGCUCUUGGACUUACCACCCCUCCCAUGCCUUACAAGACCUGUGCUGUGUUAUCUUGAUCUGACAGGGAAAAAACUCAUAAUAAGCUAUUUUCUCAUCUUUUAAAUAGCUUUAUUUUGACAGAGAGGCAAAAUCUGACAAUCCGAUUCCAUAUUACAUUAUAUUCAUUAUAUUUAUUUUAUUUGAAUUCCACCUUUAUUAUUUUUAGAAAUAACUCAAGGAGCAGAACAUAUCCACUAUCCUACCCUUAUUUUCCCAAAGCUCUUUGGGCUAAGAGGAGAGACUGGCCCAGAGUCACCCCAGCUAGAACUCAGAGUUUCCUGGUUAUUAACCCAAAGUCACCCAGCUGGAUUUCAUUGCUAAAGUGGGACCUGAACUCACAAUCUCCUUCUUUUCUAGGCUGGUGUCUUAACCACUAGACCAAACUAUCUAUUCUAUACGUUUCAUGUGUUGCCUAAAAGAUGAAUAGCAGUAAUCUAUAGAAACAUAAAAUAUAGGUUCUAAUAGGGAAGAACAGUGGGAAAUCAUGAAAAGCAAAGUGCUUUGUAUCAUAUUACUUAAUUUUUCUUUUGGGGCCAUUUGUUUCCUUUGGCUUUUACUAUGUUUUCCCCUUUCUGUUUCUGGUUAGAAAUUUUUUGUUUCUUUUACUUUUCAGUAUUUUAAUUACUUUUUAAAAAAAGAAGUCUCAUAAUUUUUUUUUGCAAUAGCUCUAAUUGUAAAUUCAUAUAUUUGCUUUAUAAACCUAGUUAUCAUUUCUAUUAUUUCUUCAAAAACCAAUAAAAUAAUAUUUUA